AUGUCCGAAGAAGGCGUCAACGCCGCCAACACGGAUUCCCCUGACGCCUCCAAGACCCAUGCACCCAAGGACAGGAACUGCCCCUACUGCGGCCAGGCCUUCACCUCGUCCUCGCUCGGCCGGCAUCUGGACCUGUACAUCAAGGAGAAGAACCCCAAGCCGGCCGAUGGUAUCCACGAUGUCGAGGCGAUCAAGAAGCUGCGUGCUGGCAUCACCCGCAGGCAGCCCCGAGGCUCCCUGGCCAGACGGGAUGCAUCCACCCCGGGCACCCCCACGGGCUCGACGCCGACUGCGGCGAGGAAGAGCCCGGAGCUGAGGCAGCAGCAGCAACGCUCGUCCGUUCCGAAGGACGGGCAGUUCGUGGUCGACCGGUCGCCCGUCUACCCCUGGCAGCUCCCAACGUGGGAGGCCACGGGGGUCAUCAACGACCUGCCCACCAACAACGGGGACCAGUCCCAACCGGGAGGCUGGGAUGAGGGUACAGAUCAGGCCAGAAGAGCAAGUGCACAGCAGCAGCAGCAGCAGCAGCGUGCUCCGAGCAGAAUGGCCCAGAAGCAACAGCUGGAUGCGAGGCAGAAGCUGACGGAUGCUGUUGACACGGCGAGGGCAGCCGAGCUGGCGCUAAGGGAACUUUUGAGCUCGUGGAGAGCAGCCAAACAGCAGAUUGACAUGAACUCUGUGCCCUUCGAUUUCGACCCCCUGUCUCUCGACUUCCCUGCGCUUACUCUCCAGUGCCUCCAACCACCACCGACCUUGUUCUCUUCAACCCCUAUCCCGACGUCAACUUCGUGGUCGAUACAGCCGCCCGCACAGAAGCAAUACGAUGCUCUCGUUGCAUUUUUUCAAGACGAGUUCAAGAAGUGGAGGAUUGCUUGUGCAGCCGCUACCACCGCCAUGAGUGAGGACUUGACAUAUCCUCCGUCGCAAACCCAGUUUUAUAUAGAUGGGAAGGAAAGCGUAAAGAAGGCUGAGAAGGCCGCCGCCAAUCUGGAGAAGCAGGUCAAUGAGCACCUACAGUCAACCUUUGCCGCAUGGGAACAGAUCGGUCAGCAGAGACAGCAAGAACUUUGGACUCUGGAGUUGGCCAGGAGCGUCGGUCGGAGACAGAAAGACGUCGAGAAGCUGAAGCAGACGCAACAUUCGCUCAAGCAGGAGAAGACGAACCUCCAGUCCCAGAUCGACCAACUCAACCGUCUUCAACAGCCCCGAGAAUUCAGGGCCAUGCCGCCCGCCACUAUUCCUUUCGAUCAGUCGUAUAUCUCUUUUGUCUUGGGCCUGGGUGUUGAGUCCGGCGCCAAAGCAGUAGGUCUGAGCAUGGAGGACCGCCACGUCGACACCGCCACUCUUGUUCAGCGCGCAAUCGAGCGAUGGAAGAGCGUCAUCGUGUCUACGAGGGCACCUGGCAUGAGCGGCCAAAGAUCCCUGGACCAGGCUGGUUCGGCGCCAUCUUCGGCCUCUACGCCCGCGCCAGUGCAGAAUACCGCAGCUGCCGCCCCGACCCCUACCCCUACCGCAACAAGCCAACAAAGACCGGCGGCACCCGUUCAACAGCAAACUCAGUCGAGACAAGUGUCGGCUGCUACUACCGGCCCUUCAACCGACUCCAGGUCAACUACUACGGCCACCACUUCAACAUCGGCCGCCAACGACGAGGUCAGUGAUGAGGACGCGGAUGCAGAGAUGGAGGACGAUGACAGCUAUCCGCAGCCUACGAACGCCCAUAUGGCGGCUAAAGCUACCCAGCAACAGCAGCCACUUCAGAAACUGCAGAUACCGCGGACACGGGACCACGCUCAACGGAACAAUGCGCAAUUUGCUGUUAACGGCGCAAGUACCAUGGCUGCCAACCAACAACGCAUGAACAUGGCUAGACCUAUGGCGAACAUGAACUCAGGGGUAGCCGGGAUGCAGCAUCAGCAACAAGUUCAGAAUCAACAGAGAGUACAGCAGCAAGCAGCUAUGAAGAACGACUAUGGCACCCCCGUCCAGGGGAUGACCAGUAGCGAGCCCAUGGAUAUGUACUAG